ACUGGUUUACCUUGGAAAUGGCGAUGAAUAUUCCUGCAUAUACUGUUCCUACAUCAAGUCGUCUUGGAUGCACAUUUGAUUGCCAUACUUCAAGUUCUUGCACUGAGAUCUUCCCGGCAGAUAUUUCAUCAAAGACAGAGCAUGUCAACAAGUCAAUCUUCAAAUUCAAAGCGGUUACCUCAAACGCAGAAGUCAAGGAGUUAAUGAAUCUACCGUUUGAUUUGCCACUAAGGAUCAAGGCAAACCUGCUGUCUGUAGAAGGACCGGGAAAGUAUUUCAGCGACGACCUUAAAGUCGAGGAGGACAAAACUGAAAUAUUAGCUGUAAUGACAUGCAUUACGGUAAUGUACAUUUCUUUAUCUUGAGUCUGUUUUUUAGUAUUUCAAUAUGUUUAGCUUCUUUUGUUGAUUUCCCAGUACGUCUGUAUAUACUAAGGCCUAGGCCAAACUUCGAACUGUUUAUUAGACGAACCAAACUCUAAUUUGUGUCGACCUAAAUUAAGGGGGUAUUUACAUGAGACCGGGAGGAACUCAGACCGGCCUGACUUCGUCUCGGCCCUUACAGAAAUUAUGUAUACUUUAAGUGUCCUUCUCAGAAAAAAAGUACAUUUGAAGUAUACUUCGUUUUUACUUCAAGAAAAAACUUAUAAAUGAAGUAUAUUUGGCAAAUGUACUUCAUCUGACAUAUACUUCAACUAUUUAUAUGUAAGUGUACUUUAAGCAUACUUCUUCAAACUUCAGUGCUUGUGAAAAAUAUUUUCCCAAAGAAAAGUGUACUUUAAGUAUACUUUGAAACGGAACUGACACAGUCAUAUCAUUCUACUGAGGAUCUUGAUAUCACUUCAAAACAAAAGUAUACUUUAACUUGAAAAUACAAUUUCAGUGUUUUUCAAUAGAGGACAUAUUUGAGAACAUGUGAGCAUUACUUCACAGUGGUGAAGUAUAUAUAAGCAGGUUUUUAGAUGCGCAGAGCACACAUCAGCUGGUCAGUGUUCGAUAGAGUUAGUGAGAAGAUCAUCCGCCGAAUUGUCCGUGUUUACCGUGAGCGAAAUAGGCAAAGUCGCACAGUUUCUUUCUGACCCUUUCUUUAAGGUCGUUCAUGGAAUUUUUGCAUUUGACUGUUAAAGAUGGAUGUAAUGAAGGCCCGCAUAAUGUAACCUCCUUUUUACGAGGAUCUAUUAAAAGAAAUAGAACGCCCUUACCAAAUCCAACACUGUUUUGAAUGAAUUUUUAAGCUAUUUUUGAAAACUGUUUUUAAGCUGUUUUAUGAAAUAGGUUUAAAAUAGGGUGAAAAGUGUAUUUUUAAUGUAUUUUUCGACUGCUUUUAAAGGUGUUUUAACCUGUUUUAUUAAAAAAGAAUUUUGCAAGGCUCAAAACAGGUCUAAAAACGUUUUUAAAUACCUUAUAAAUCGGAAUAAAAACAGGAUAGAAACAGUUUCAAAAACAUAUUUAAAUUUGCUAUACUAUUUUAAAACUAUUUUUAUUGGCAAAAUUUUAAACGUAUUUUGAAAAAAAAACAGGUUUAAAAUAGGUACAAAAAUAUAUUUUUAAUAUAUUUUUUUUAACCUAUUAAAAUGUUAUGCUUCAAAAUAUAUUUUAGUAGCUGUUUAAUCGGUUUCGAAAUUUAGUAGAAUACCCGUAUCUGCAAAUACAAUAAAAAUACUUUGAAAAUAGUGUUAAAAUACCACAGAAGAAGAAAAGCAAUAGCACGCAUAUAUUAUGAAAAUACGUCAAAAAUAGGAUGCAAAAAUGUAAAAACAGUAUAAAAUUGUAAGAAAAUAGCCUUAGAUUUGUCUGAAAACAGUACAAAAAUCGGUCGAAAGAGCAUAAAAACAGUACAAAAACAGGAUGGAAAUACCAUUUAAAUUCAUGAAAUAAAAUGAAUACAAAAGCGUCGAAAAUUAUCCUGAAAAAGCAAGAUUUACCUCGGCGAAAUUUCUCCACACAGUCCUAGGCUAGGAUUUCACGAGAAUUAUCUCUUAGCCGAUUACAUUACGUUGACUUCCCUAAGAAUUCUCGGGAAAUUCUCAUGGAAUGUUUCAGAAAUGCUCAAAUCAAUCUUUAGCCUUUGUACAGACCUCCUCCCCUCGAUAAAAAUCGGAGGGGAAGUGGGGGUCUGUACACAGGCUAUCAAUCUUCGGCUUCAAAAGGGUAUAGCGUUACUGACGUUACCGGUAAAUAACAAUCUACAUACAUGUAACUUACAUAUAGUCACGGCUUUACUCAAAUAUCAUCAGAAGCUUGCAGGCUACGCCUGAACAUUAACUGAUUAUUGGCUGAUAAAGAACAACAUAACACCAUAACACCAUCAAAUUUACGCGAGAAUGAAAGAGGCCGGUGACGUGACAUCAAGUGACUGACAGGUGUUACAAAAACUAAGACCCUCGAAAAGUAAGACCUAAGACCUAAGUCCCGUCUUAGUUUUCUAGAUUACGAAAACUAAGACCCCCUAAAAUCGAAUCCGUCGAAAUAUAAAGUCAAAUUGUAACCGAAAUAGGUCUAAUCUGUCAAAUUAUCUUCUGUCCGAUCCUUUCCACCGAGUUUUUGCUCAAAUUUAACGGUAAAUUCAGACCCCUCUUAGUUUUCGUUAUCGCGAAAACUAAGACCCCCCAAAAAAUCAAUCCGUAAAAUAUGUAUGAAGUCGAAUUACGACCGUUUAAAGACUAUAACCCGCAAAACAACCAAAAACUAUCAUCACGACCCGCUUCUUCUCAAAGUUGCAGACAUAUCAGUAUUGAGGCUUUAAAAGCAGGAUGAAAGCCAUAGGGAAUUCCAGGGAAUAUCGUAGAGUUCCAUGGAAUGCCAUGGGGUUCCCUGAACCAUGCAAUUCCAUGGAAUGCCAUAGCGUGUCCAUGGAGUGCGAUAGAAUACCAUGCAGUUUGUAUGAGAAAAUCCCUAGAAAUUCAGUAAUCAAGCAACUCAUCAACUUGUUAACCACAUGUUCAAGUCUGCACUUUUUAUUUGAUAGAAAAAUAGGAAACAUUUGGAAGCUUUCUAAAAGCAAAAUAGUGCAUUUAGUUUAAAUUACACAGACAAUGCAAAAGUAUUGUUCACCAACGCUGAAAGUCCUAGUGUAAGAAAUUUUAUUGCUAACCAUAGAGAGGAAAGUUUUUGUGUGCUUAAUAAAAAAAAUGAUCCUGUUAAAAAAAAUAAAUAUAGAAAAUUAUUUUUUAGUAGGGCUGUCUGCCAUUUAUCUUUUAAAAUCAGUGUUGCAUUUAAAAUAUGAGAAGAUCACUGUUAUUAACAACAUGCAGUUGCUUCAUUACAUUGACACAGUGCCGCUAUUCGAUUGUACAGGACCCGUACACCGACGUGUAAUUUGCCAUGACACGCGGGAUCAAGUCUCUACUUUAAAUUUUCUAGGAAAUUUCCAAGUCUCUUGAAAUUUCUGAUCAACAAAUUUCCAUGAAAGUGUAAGUCUCUUCAACCACUGUUUCAUUUUUAAGGAAAAAAUUUCAGUGGCAAAUUUUGAAAAGAAGAAAAAUUCGAUGUGGCAAGAUUGAGAACCGAUCCAGGGGCGUAGAAUCCAUAGUUCGUAGCCUAACCACUCUACCACGGAGUAGUAACUCGCUGCUAGGUGGGGUUUGAUUUUAUUCAUAUAACAACAACCGUAACCCUAAUUAGAAGCUAACCGUUUCGAGUCAGUGCUUUAAUAGCCCUAAUCAGUUUCGUCAGAAUCCCGUAUGAAUAGCAAAUACAAGACAAUGUACGGGUCCCGUACUUAAAUAGCCAGGAGAAAAUGAUCCGACUGGCACAUAACUCUUCUCGGUAUCGAAGUGUUUUUGGUUGAGAACUAAGAUUUUCCCUGUUACUCGAGUCCAACCUGAUUGAUGAGAUUGCUUUGAAUGGAGUAUUUCGGCGAACCUGCACAAGCAAUAUUAGAAUUUUUUUGCCGCAUCCGUGGAUAGGCUAGUCUGCUACACAGACGUUUUUAGUGGGGAGGAGAGUUGCGUGACGACACUAAGAACGGCUGUGUAUGAGACUAUGAAUAGGCCUGCUGCCCUUUUUCAAAGGUUCCCUCACCUGGGAGAACAAUGCAAUAUUUUCGUCUCACUGCUUUACUCUUCGACAGCAUUUGAAUAGUACAAUUAACUCUGAAAGGGACCGCAAUUUAAAGCCUUUAAAGACAGACAUCUGGUUUGAUAUUUAUUCUUUUAUUAGUCUUUUAUUAUUCAACAAAAAUGACACUUGGCAUCCUACUUACUUUAUUGUACAAACGACCGGUUUCAAUAGACCGGCGAAAUUUCUCAUUUUAUUGAAGCACUGAGGUUACAACAACUUCGAGUUAAACUGAUUUCACGGGUUGUCAAAGGAGGGUCUCAAUGGGGUGGUGACUUUUACGGUUAUCGGCUAAAAUUUUGGCUCUUUUACGGCUAUCGGUUAAUUUUUUUCAGUUACGGUUAACAAAAAAGUUAAAAAUUAACUUCUUUUGUUUCAAAAAAUUAAAUAUUAAUUAACCUGUAUUUUUGGUAUCUUUAAAUCAAAAGAAAGGUCUUCGGAUCAUCUCGAGAUGAAAUAAGCUAUUCUUUUGAAAGAUUUUAAUAUUUGAUAGAUCAUACUUUUUAUAAAGUAUUCCACUUCUAAUAUUAUCUUACACAUAGAAAUGUUAAUAGUCGAUUUAAAAAUAAUCUUUGUGAAAAAGCAAACGCAGACACACGAACGCCCAACUCAAGGCCGGAGCGCGACAUACAUUAUAACACAAAUGGCCGUUUUCACACUAGAGACGGAUUAUUCGUGUGAGACGGGUUAUCCAUUUGAUGAUUCGCCGUGCUCAGAUAGGUAGUACGUCUUAAUUUGAAAACGAAAUAGUUUUAAUUUUGAAUGAACAAUCCGCCUGACGUUUUAAGAAGGGAUUAUCCGUUCCAGAUAGCCUAUGUACAGCCACCCCCUCCCCUCAGAAAAAGUCGGAGAAGGGGUGUCUGUGGGGAGGGCGCGACUGUACAGAGACUAGUCAAACGGAUAAUCCAUUUCUAGCUCUAGUGUGAAAACGGCCAAUAACAAAAUUACCGAGUUCAGUGUUUUUAAUGAUAGCAAAGGACCGUACAGAACGACUGUCUGCCGUUGCCUUGUCCGUAGGCCUAAUUAUUCCGCGCGGCUAAUGCUUUUCGGGUCACGUGGUCCGAACGAGUUCGCCACCGAAAUGCCUUGACCGAGAUUGCGUGGGAAGACGCCGUACAGGGAUUAGGCAUGGCUAUGUCUACCGUAGCGUCAGAGAAAAACAGGGAAAUGUUGUUUAUCGGCAACGUGUUUUACAAACAGUGACAUCUCUGCGUAUUGUUUCACUAGUGUUUCGAGGGCACGACCUCCUGAAAAUCGCAAAUAUUAAUCCCCAGCAAGAAGCCACACUUUCGCUAUGGAAAAAAUUAGUUCCCUGAGAGAGCGGCGGAAAUGGAGCCUAGGUCUUGGUCAACGCCUAAAAGGCGCUUCGCCUAACGUGCGUGCGGAAUCACAUUAGCCGGGAAAUAAAAAAUGCAACCAUAAGUGACUUUAGUACCUUCAUUAAAAGUAGCAAAUCUACGGAACAGUUUCUAUUACGGUUAACUCUUUUUUACCCUAUUUACGGCUGACGGUUAAAAUUUUUCAAUUUUUACGGCUAUCGACUAAAUUUUUGGCCGUUUUACGCCUAUCGGUUAACCCCAUUGAGACCCUCUCAAAGGGUCCAGCGAUUCCCUUUUCCCAGGUGAGCGCCGACUCAUUUCGCUUCGUUUUCUGGAGGGGUCCUCGUUUUCGUAAUAACGAAAACUAAGAGGGAUCUUUGUUUUCGAAAUUACGAAAACUAAGACUCCUGAAUUUACCGUUGAAUUUGACCAAAAACUCGGUGGAAAGGAUCAGACAGAAGAUAAUUUGGCAGAUUAGACCUAUUUCGCUGACAAUUUGACUUUAUAGUUCGACCGAUUCGAUUUUAGGGGGUCUUACUUUUCGUAAUCUCGAAAACUAAGACGUGUCUUAGGUCUUAGGUCUUAGUUUUCGAGGGUCUUAGUUUUCGUAACGCCCCUCUGUUGACCGCGUGCAUCCGGUUCUAGGCCGGCGGCUUCGGCUGUUUGUGAAAAAUUUCUAUUUUUAACUAAAAUGCGAUUUUAAGAAGUUUCCUUUAAAAAAACUUAUGGAAUGUCUCGUAACUGCAUUAAUUAAAUCACGGCUAAAAUCAAUGAACAUUGAGGAACGGAUUAAUCUUUUAUGGGCACACUGUCACAGUUGCGUGUUGUCAGUCAAAGCUAAAAUCUAUUCCUAAUAUUCUUCUCUUUUUUCAGUUUCUUUUUGACUUGCUGGGAGAUUUAAUUUUUCGUUCAGCUUCGAACUUUGUUAAGAGAAGAAUCCGGUCCACAAUAUGUGACAGCUUGUUUUGAGUCAUUUAUGAGUUCGUGACACGAUGAAGGCUUAAAAAUUAACUUUGUGCAAUGGUCAGAUAGAUAGAUAGAUAGAUAGAUAGAUAGAUAGAUAGAUAGAUAGAUAGAUAGAUAGAUAGAUAGAUAGAUAGAUAGAUAGACAGAUAGAUCUACGUAUAUGUAUUAUCGAUGCAGGAUCUAAUAGUAGAGAGCUUUAGAUUCAGAGACGAGGACGACUACGAGUACGAGAUUUUCUCAAUGCUGAGUAUUGCUCGCGCGUGAACCAGCGUCAUUUUGGCGGGAAAACGUGAUAGCCGUCAUCACUCUACUACGAGUUUUAGCGAGAAUGUCGUAGUUUCAGGAACAAGUUAUCAAAUGUAAGACGUUUUAUCAUUUUGAUAUCGGGAGUGGGCUUAACCUCCUUCAGUAAAAAGAACCGUACUAACUUUUUUGGUGAAAAAAAUGAAAAGGAAGCUUUCCGGGGUGUCUUAUUUUUUUAAGAACACGAGCAAAAACUUUAAAUUAAAUCUCGUACUCGUACUCGUUCUCGUCCUCAAAUCUAAAGCUCUCUAAUUAGAGACCUUUAGAUUCGAAGACGAGGACGACUACGAGUACGAGAUUUGACGUAAAGUUUUUUCGCGUAUUCUCAAAAUACAGACUCCCCGGAAAGCUUCAUUUUACCAUUUCUCACUAGAAAAGUCAGUAUUGUUAUCUUUAGUGAAGGAGGUUACGCGCUUUCCAGAUCGCAAAAUGAUGAAACUUCUAACAUUUGAUAUCUUGUUUUCGCCACCACGACAUUCGCGCUAAGGCUCGUAGUAGAAUGACGACGGCUACCACGUUUACCCCCCAAAAUAAUGUUGGUUCACGCGCGAGCACUUCGUAAUAUUGAGAAAAUCUCGCACUAGGAGUCGUACUCGUCUUGGAAUCUAAAGGUCUCUAUUAUUAAUAUGCAUAAAGUACAUUUCAGUUAUUAUAUGGCUGAGUCUGUUUUCGCCAUGCGAUUGGUCAAUUUGCGGUCCGUAACAUGCUAUACGGACCAAAAUUUUUAAAGAAAAUGCUCAUUUCGGAGCUCUAAAUCUCUUUACCUCGGACAAAAGGUUUAAAUAAAGUUAUAAGACGCCUGUCAACCUUGAGGACUUGGAUGUUGACUUUGGCUUUCAACAUUUUAAACUGUGUUUAUUUUUGAACGAAGGCGAUGAAGAAACUAACUCGUAAUCUUAUCGAAGAGGAUUCUAGUCAGUGUUUGAAAAUUUUCUCGCAGUACACAGUUAAGAAGACGAAAAUCGACUGGCAGAGAUUCGAGAUGUUUUGCCGAAGAGAAAUGAGUAAUUCCUUCGACAAAUAUGAUAACAAACAUACCUGCACCCGAUCAUCUAGACAAGCUUCUUUGCCAUUUGCAGUGUUUUUUCAAAGACCAACGAAAGAAGAGGGUCGUGAAGGGGGGUACCAAAUCCCAGUUCCCAGCCUAAAUUUGGCCCAAAUCCCAGUUCCCAGGCUAAUUUUUAACAAAAUCCCAGUUACCAGUUUACAGUUUAAAUCCAACAAAAGUUUAGAGUUUUCGGUGUGUAUAACGGCGUUAUUUGCAUUGACGUACUUGAUUUCUAGUACCAUUUUGCGAAAAACCUUUUCCGAAGCCAUUUUUAUCUUCCCUUCACAAUAUCUUCCCGCCAUAUGCAAACUUGCAGAACUUGUCCGCUGACCAGGAAAACUGACAGAACGUAACUAUGCAACCGUGUAAGCCUGGUAGCUAGACCGCGGCCGCGAAGGCGAAAAAUACUGAUUUCAUGGUCUCUAAUGAGGAGUGCAAGGUCUAUUGCUACGAAAUUUUAUUUUUCUAUUUCAAAAUAUUGGAGCAAAGACCACUGAAGAAAAGAAAUCCCAUUCCCAUUUUAUAAUUGUUCAUCCCAUUCCCAGUGGCUAAAUCUCAGUCCCAGUGAGUAAAUCCCAUUUUCCCAGUCUACAAUAAGGCUAAUCCCAGUUCCCAUUUUACCCCUUCACGACCCUCAAAGAAAGAUAGAAGCGAGUUCGAGCCAGACACAAUGUCCAGUUUUCAAAAGACUCCAGCGUCACACUAACGAGUGAAUACUUAAAAUGCUCUUAGUUUUGAACGAAUAAACUUUAAAAUAUGUCUGUAAACCCUGAGGACUGGGAUGUUGACUUUGCCUUUCCAAAUUUUAACCUAGCUUUGUUUUAAUGAGAACGAAGCUGAUGUAGAAACUGAAUCGCAACCUUACCGAGGAAGAGAAUUUAGUCAGUGUUUGAAAAGUUUAACGCAGAUCACAAUUGAAGACCAGGAUGAACUGGCACAAGGAGAGGUUUUCCCAAAACAAUUAACGAGCGAAUCCUUCGACAAUGACAACAAACUUACCUUGUAAAGCUUUUUAGCCUUUUGUAGUGUUUUUUUUUUACAAGGACAAACGGAGGAAAGAUGGAAGCGACUUCUAGACAGACACAGUGUCCAGUUUACAGCGUAACAUUAAAGAGCUAAAACUUACACUGCUCUUAGUUUUGACCGAAUAAACUUUUUCAACAUGACGAAUUUGUUUUUACUUUCUCGGAGAGCCUUUGUUAUGUGCUAUUGCUCUCGUGCGCCAAUAAAAACUUUCUUUUUUGACGCCUGUCAAAUGACUGUCAAAUCGUGCGUCCUGCACUUGUUUCCGGUCUCACAAACAGGAAGAAGCCAUAUAAUAAACAUCUUAUUAGCCUCGUUUUUUCGGUCCGUACUGUAAAUUACGGAUCCUGGUUUUUUUCAUCGAUUUAUGGCCCGCGCGCUUCGCGCUUGGGCCAUAAAUCGAUGGAAAAAAACUCGGUCCGUAAUUUACAAUACGGACCAAAAACUCGGCUAAUAAGAGGUAUGUAUACUCGAAGUAUGCUUCUUGGAAGUACACCUACAGUAUACUUCUUGUGAAGUAUACUUCAAGUAUACUUUUUAAGUGACUAAAAGUACUGUACUUUAAGUAUACUUAAAGUAUAACUGAGUUCCUAAGGGGGUCGCUGACCCGACAUGAGUUACUUUCGUAUCGGUCUGAUUCCGUACCGUUCUCAGAAACGAAUGUCAGACCGGGUCCUUAAAUAGCAUGCUUCUUCGUAUGGCUCCAUCAUUUUUGCUUUUUCUUAGUAAAAAUAGGAACACUAUUAUGGAUAACAUCAGUAAACAAGACUUAAGAGCGAAUGUCUGUAAAAAUCGAGCAACCGGCGGCCACGGUCAAAAAUUAAAUUUCGCUCAUAUCUUGUCCAUACAUACUUAUUAGUAAGUUACUGUAAGUAACUAAACGUGGUGUAGUUUGUUUUUCAAAAGGCCGCUUGGAUUUGGAGAAAAUCGACAAAAUCAAUUUUCGUGGUCGGCGACUUGAAAACAACCAAAAUUUUUGAGGCAAAAUGAGGCGGUCUCAAAACUUCACUCGCACGCAAAAAGGAAGAAAGCGUGGUAAAAUAUUCGCCGAUAAAUCAAUUUAUAAAGGGUUUUAGCCCUAGUAUGACGGUAAAUUCUUAUCUUAACGAUAAUGUGGAAGGUAGACAAUUUUAUUUUAGUUUUGGUUCUUUUUCAACUCAACGAAGUUAAAAUUUAGACCUAAAGUCGCGAUUUAAUUUUUAGGUAUGUGCUACACCUUGGUUUUCCCUGAAACUCAGGCUAUAAGUUAGUUAAACAUUGUACUAAAACAUAUGUAAGAACUGGCUUGGGUAAUUUAAUUUGCGCUUCAGACGAAACUUCUGAACUUGAACAAAUUUUGAGUGAAAUAUGAGACGUUUGCAUAAUUCACCAACGGCUUGCUGUUGCCGAAAGGGAUCAUUGGCAUUUCUUGAGAAGAAACCUGAUGUACCUCUAUAGUACGAUAGUUAAUUUGUUAACAUGCAAUAGAAAUUAACGUACCUUUAUAGUUUGGGGCACUUGUUUUACUUUUUCUACUCUCGAGUUCCAAAAUUCUGCUGGCGCUAAGGCAUUUUGUAAUUUGACCUCUAACGAGAGGUCAUUGGAGAUGGGCCAGGUUAUUUAAAUUCUUUGGUUGAACAAAAUAUUUCACGAGAAAAAUAUGUUUUUAAGACAUUUUCGGCGACUUGAAAGAUGUUCUUAUCAUUUAAUAGAAUCAGUUACAACAUAAAAGGAAGGAAGUGUGAGAAGACAAGGAGUGGUGUUGCGUGACAACGAACACCAUCCUUCGAACAGAAAACAAAAUUGUUUAUACACUUCCUUGAUGUUUCCAAAGUUAUUUGUUGAAUUAUACAACAACUGAAAGGUUGCAUAGUCUGGCUGCCAACAGUACUUGAUUUAAAAGUGUAAAGUGGUGGUCAGUUUUUCGGACACCUGCGCGUGUGAUAAAAGUAAUGACUAUUAAGGAAUUUGGAAAACAUCAAAAUCAUACACACUGCCAGUACACACGAACACUGAGUAGGUUUUAAACUUUGGACAACCUGGAUAAAUGAUCUCGGAAGCGUUUUUUGUUUCGAGUGAAGAAUCACAACAAAAAAAUCACGUUAUUUCAUAUGUAUAUUUUGGGGAAGGGUGGCUCUGAAUCUUACUUGGGUACUACCUGGUAAGACUCCGAUGGAAAGGUCGUUGAGGGGAUAGAAGAAUCCGUCGAAAGGGUUACGCUGUAACUCUUGCUCAAGGAUGUUAGGUAAGCAAUUCGCUCUAAACCCUGUCUCCCCCUUUUCAAAUGCUUGCACAGGCUAACCAGCUUUAAAAACUCACAUUAGCACACGCAACUAAGAAAAUAUUGCAAAGUAAUUGGGGAAAUGUUAUCGAGGCAGGGCGGCCUUGUGGAGUGGUAGAUGACGUAGUGCUAUUUUCAAGUCUACAAACCUCUCCUUGACUGUGAAGACUUAAGGCAUGAGUUUCAGUUUCUACUAUCGAAUAUAUACAAUAAAAGAAACCUGGGGUCUAGAACGUUGACCUGUUCGUCUCUCAUUCCUUUACCAAACGAUAUGUCAAAGUAUAUCAGACAAUUUCCUCCUUACAGCAUGCUCGGCUACUCAAACAAGCUUUAAAAAAUCUGACACUAAGAAGAUAUACCGCAGAUACAGCAAGUUAGAAAGCUGGAAUCAAACGUGUUUACCAAUGGGUUAGGCCCUGACGUCUUCAAAUUCACGUUAAAAGGACACUGUUUAGGCAAAAGGAUUAAGUUUACUUUUCCAGUAAAUUCCGUCUUGCGGCCUUUGACAACGGACCAGGUUUCCCGUUUCUCGAAAGUCCCGGUAACUUUUCGGGCCCGAAGUCAAAUAUUCAAAUCGAAAUAUAAAGAAUAAGAGCGCUGCUCUUGGCUAGCAAACUACUCCAUUUUGUUUCAUUAACUGAUAGUUUUAUCAUGUUAGAUGCAAAACUAUUAAAACCUCGAUCUUUAAUGUAAACGGAGACAGCUUACCGGGCCCGUUAAUUAUCGGGACUUUCGAGAAACGGGUCCCUGGGGUCCGUUUGUCCAAAGUCCCUAUAAAUUUUCGGGCCCGAAAUCAAAUAUUCAAAUCGAAAUAAAAGGAAUGAGAGCAGCGCGGGUUCUGGCUAGCAAAAUACUUCAUUUUUUCAUUAACUGAUAGUUUUAUCAUGUUAGAUGCAAAACUAUUGAAAUUUCUAUCUUGCAUGUAAACAACAACAGCUUUAGGGGCCCGUUAAUUAUCGAGACUUUCGAGAAUUGAACGGACCUAGAAGGGGAUGUAGCCUCAAUGUCCGUUUCAUUGAUGACUGCCAGAGAAAGGUAUGGUCGGACACUUUCUUUUCAAGAGUUCUGAUCAUGAAUUUCUGACGAGCCACCAAGUUUCAGUCUCAAGACCGGUACGAAAGCGCACACUCAGAAAAUGGCAAAUGACCGAGAGUAAAACUGAAAAAAAACUAUGUGGUUAAAGAAAGUAGUGCUAGCGUUAGGAGAUAGUUGAUAGGGGCACCCAACGACAGUUUCCUCCUAAAUACAUUGAAAACCCUUUUAGGCUAUCUAAAUCACUAAGUUCUUUGCGGCGCCAUAUAAUUGUAACAACUGUUCGGUCAUCCACAGGGCAACUUGAGUAGUCUUUUCCAUCGAAAUUACGAGGGCUUCAAUACUAUUUUUUCCGAGAAUUUUGAAAUUUUUUCUGAUUCCUUCUCUAUUACAAGUUUUGUAUCCGAAAGUUUUAAUUCCCUUUAUAUGGAGAAAACCUGUCUCGUGUAGGGGAGUCACCCUCCUACUCUCUCGAGAAAAAAAAAACAUUG